AAAAUUUAUACCAGCCUUGGUUUUCAGUUGCUAGGAAAAAGCCUACAGCCAACAACUGUGAAAAUCUACUCUGAUCCAGAUAAUUCAGUCAGGACGAGCAAAAUAAUGUCUGAGGAACAUCCAGAAAUGAGCAAUGCUCCUGAUGAUGAAAGGGAACCUCCAGAAGGUUCCAGUGAUGGGGAUGAACCCUCAAAGGGACCAACAUCAGACCCUCCUCAGCAAAAAUUCUUCGACUCUGGAGAUUAUCAGAUGUACAAGCAGCAGGGGAAGUUGGGAUUCAACAAGCUACGUGGAGCAGGCCUGAACCAAACUAUGGCACAGCCCACAGGGGAGGCCAUCCCAACUCCCGAGACUGUACCUGCCCGCAAGGCCUCCAUCAUCCAGCACACAAAGUUUAAUCCAGUCACCUCAACAUGAGCAUGUCAUCUUUUGUGAUGUCGAAGGACCUUCUCUAUCUCCCGUUUCUGCAAUUGAUGGACUUUUUCUUUGGAUGAUCCCAAUCAUUGUAGAUAUGGCCGUUUGGGCAGUCCUGUUUGUUUCAUCGUGAUGUGUUCCACGAAUCCAUUCUUUAUGAUUGUCAAUGUCUGAUAGGUUUGACUUGGUAGCUCUGGUUUCAUUUACAUGUACCUUGUAUUGUAGGAUGGAUUUUCAAAGCCUGAGUGGGCAGUAUAGACAUGCCUAUCGAGUGUCCUGUGGAGUGUAUAUCUCUCAUUUUGGGCUUUGGAAUUUGGUGGUAGACUUAGAUGUAUUUCUUCACUAGCUAGGCUUCAUUCAAAAAAUGUUUUACAACUGCAGUUUUGUAACUACCUUUGUAACAGCUG